AUGUACCACAACGGCAAUCUGCACCGUCUUCAGCAGGAAGACGAGGACGAACGGCUGCGACGAGGGAAGAUGACCGGACCAAGUCAUCCUCAUUCGCCUUAUGCCGCCCAUUCGCCCACCCGCGCUCACUUUCCUUCCUACUCCCCUUCGGGAGGCUCUCAAGCGCGUGCUGCAUCUUACAAUGAUCGACAUAAUCAUCCGCCUACACCGGCUGCUUUACCGCUCCCGCCGUCGAUUCGCCAGAGCCCGGGUGUCGCCUCGCCCACGCCAGCGACAAAUGGUUUGGCUUCCAUGAACGGUUAUCCGCCCCGGAAUAUGCCAUCCUCAACCUCAGUUUACUAUGAUCCGACCUCGGAUGGAGGUGACAGGACUUGGGCUCGUUCUUCUUAUACGAAGCAAUCACCUGCUCAGAGCCGAGAACCUUUCAAUUACCCCGAAACUCCAGCGGAGCCUGCUGCCUACAGUGCCUCUAUACCCUCGUCCACCACGACGCCUUAUGCGCAAUCAUCGCCAGCCCCCGCCACUACCCACGCACAUCCUCCGCCUCGCCUGGAUCCUGUCGCACGCUCACCGACUCGUGGUGUGGUAGAAUCUCCCGUUGGCUUUUCUGAUUACAACGGAACCUCAACUGUGAAGAGUGUACCUCCAGUCGAGCAGCCUCGAGCUCCAGAGCCGAAACCAAGUCGUCCGGCCGACCCAAUGUCAUUCUCAAGCAUCCUUUCCAAUUCAAAUGCCGAUGCAACUCCAUCGAAGCCUGCCCCGCCACCAACCGCGCCACCCGCGCCACCGGCCGCACCAGCGCCUGCAGUUACCGUUCGAGAACCACGACGCUCGUCAAGAUCUGCUGCUGCUGCGCCUCCGCCGCCCGCCGCCGACGAGCCAGCUCCGCGGAUCGAGACCCGUCGAGAGUCAAUUACGUCCUCGGCACCCAUUACUCGUGGCCCGAAAGUAAAGCUGAACGGUCACGACGAAUCGAGCCGUUCGGCGCCUGCUUCGAAGCAAAGUCAUGGCCGUUCAUCCACCUCGGACAAGGAAAAUGACGUUGCCACGGCAUUGGCAGAGAUUGAGGCAAAGGAGAUGAGUGACAUUGAAGCACCUGAAUUCGAACAGCAGAAGAAGGCAUACCGCAAGCAGAGUGCGAAGCGGAUGCGCCAAGUCGCAGACACUGAAUGUUCUCGACGCAAGCGUCGGAGAACCGCCGUGGUGCACCGAUACUCGGAUCAGUUGACUUACCAGGCUGAAUCUGGCAAAACCCGGUACAAGGCGUCCCAAGAGGCUGAUGCUCUUGCAGAGGUGCAGCGGCAGGAAAUUUUUGACGAAAAGGAACGAAAGAAGGACAUGCAGCGCAAGCGGCGGCGCGAGAAGACGGUGCAACUUGAAUACCAGAAACGCAACGAGGCCAUUGAAAAGGCUCAACGUGCCGCCGACGAGGCCGAGCGCCAAAAGUAUCGCAAGGAAGCUGAGAGGGCGGAGCGCAAGGCCCGGCAGACCAAGAGGAUUCUGCAGGGUGUUGAGGAUGUCAAGGAGAUUCGGGAGGUCACUCCCUUGGCGCCUAAUCUUGAAGGCGGCACGAUGGGAUCAUUUCAAAUGGGCGAUGAAGCGGAGAAGGCGGCUGAACAACCUCCCAAAAAGAGAGGCCGUGGCGGCGCUCGUCCACGGAAAUCCAAGGAGCAGAAACAGGCCGAGAAAGACGCUGCCGAGGCGGCGCACGCCGCCAUGGAGAACAAUGAGCCGAUUAGCAUUGCUCCCAAGGAAGAAGUGAAACGAGAGACGCUCAAGAACGAACCCAAGGAAACUAAGGAUGCAUCUCCCUCUCCUUUUGUUCCAUAUGUGUCCAAGGGAUACAACCAAAUCUACGAUCAAAUUUGGCGCGAUAUUGCUCGAAAGGAUAUCCCUCGCGUCUGGCGUAUCAAAGACAAUUCGUCGAGUACUAGAAACAACAACUUGCGCAAGACUGCUCAAUUGGCAUCCAAGGAAGCGCGAAGAUGGCAGCUCCGUACAAACAAGAGCAUGAAGGAUGUACAGGCCCGCGCGAAGAGGAGUAUGCGUGAGAUGAUGUCCUUUUGGAAGCGUAACGAACGAGAGGAGCGCGAUCUGCGUCGUGUGGCCGAGCGACAAGAGCUGGAGAAUGCAAAGAAGGCCGAAGCAGAUCGUGAAGCGGCCCGGCAGCGCAGAAAGCUCAAUUUCCUCAUCUCUCAGACGGAGCUGUACUCGCAUUUCAUCGGUCGGAAGAUCAAAACGGAUGAGGUCGAGCGUUCCACCGAUACAGUGGGUGUUGAGGUGUCUGGGCAGACUGUCGCACCCGGAAAGCCGGAUGCCCACACCGUCAAUCUUCCCCCAAGUGUGGCGAAACCGGGCACCAAAGUUACCAACUUUGAGGAUCUCGACUUUGAUGCCGAAGACGAGUCCGCAUUGCAGCAGGCGGCCAUGGCAAAUGCGCAGAAUGCCGUCAAGGAGGCACAAGACCGUGCGCGGGCCUUCAACAACCAACUGGAGGAGGAGGAGGAGCCCGACGAGGAUGGCGAAAUGAACUUUCAGAACCCGACCAGUUUGGUUGCCAUGGACGUAGCUCAGCCAAAGAUGUUGACGGCGCAACUCAAGGAAUACCAGCUCAAGGGUCUCAAUUGGCUCGUCAAUCUCUACGAGCAAGGCAUCAAUGGUAUUCUGGCCGACGAAAUGGGUCUCGGUAAGACUGUGCAGUCGAUUUCAGUCAUGGGAUACCUGGCCGAAGUCCAUAACAUCUGGGGUCCUUUCUUGGUCAUUGCCCCGGCCUCUACCCUGCAUAAUUGGCAGCAGGAAAUUACCAAAUUCGUGCCCGAUCUCAAGGUUUUACCGUACUGGGGUAAUGCCAAGGACCGAAAGGUGCUGCGAAAGUUCUGGGACCGCAAACAUAUCACGUAUAACAAAGAAUCUUCUUUCCAUGUCCUUGUUACCUCCUAUCAGCUGGUCGUUCAGGAUGCGCAAUACUUCCAGAAGAUCCGAUGGCAGUACAUGAUUCUGGACGAGGCACAGGCCAUCAAGUCGUCGCAAAGCUCUCGAUGGAAGAGUCUCCUGGGCUUCCAUUGUCGAAACCGUCUUUUGCUCACUGGUACACCAAUUCAAAACAAUAUGCAAGAGCUGUGGGCUCUGCUGCAUUUUAUCAUGCCCAGUCUGUUCGAUUCCCAUGAUGAAUUCAGCGACUGGUUCUCAAAGGACAUUGAGAGUCACGCUCAGAGUAAUACGAAACUGAAUGAGGAUCAACUCAAGCGUCUCCAUAUGAUCUUGAAGCCAUUCAUGCUUCGUCGUAUCAAGAAACAUGUGCAAAAGGAGCUUGGCGACAAGAUUGAAGAGGAUGUAUUUUGCGAUCUCACAUACAGACAGCGUGCUUAUUAUACAAAUCUUCGCAAUCGCAUCAGUAUUAUGGAUCUGAUUGAGAAGGCUGCAGUUGGAGAUGAACAAGAUACGGCUACGUUGAUGAACUUGGUCAUGCAGUUCCGUAAGGUCUGUAAUCAUCCUGAUCUUUUUGAACGGGCUGAGACGACGUCGCCACUGUCACUGGCAUACUUUGCAGAGACUGCAUCUUUCCUUCGAGAAGGCCAGAACGUCAAUGUCGGUUAUUCGACACGAAAUUUGAUAGAGCUUCCCCUGCCACGUUUAUUUUACACCCAUGGCGGACGCCUGGAUCUCCCUGGUCCAGAAAAUGCUGCUGUGGGCUUCCGUGGCAAAUACCUGAAUGAGCUCAUGAAUAUUUUCACGCCGGAGAACAUCAAGCAGAGUUCGCAAGAAUCAGGUGCCUUUUCUUGGCUGCGGUUCGCCGACGUGUCUGCUGGCGAGGUUUACGACGCAUCCCACCAGGACAUUUUUGCUCGUGCAGCUCGCGCCUACGAAAAAACAAGAGACCUUGGCCGGCUGAAUGUCGUGUACGAUGAGGAAGAUCAAGAGAAUGCUCAGUUCACACCAGCGCAUGCGCUUUUCAACAUUGUUGGUCGCAAUCGACGGGCGCCACUGGCAGAAGUGGCCAGUGAAGGCUACAUGCGGGAUCUUUGCAACGUGUCAGCCAAUCUGUACAAAGACUCGGGACUUGGUCGGGCGGAACAGUGUGCUCGACCGGGUGCCUCUGCGCCACCUAUCGAGGUCGUGUGUUCAAGCCAAGGCGCUGAGUUGGAGAAGCAGAGAGUCAUGUUCAAUGUGCCGAUGCGCAAGACUCUAUUCGGGCCCUCUGAGCGCGAAGAGGAGGCACUGCUGGAAGCCAAGGUUAACCCGGCAUUCUUCCCGGCCAGAAAGAUGCUCCCGCCGCCCAUUUCAGAGAAGACACGAUUUACGGACAUUCAGGUUCCGUCCAUGAGACGAUUCGUGACCGAUUCUGGCAAGCUAGCUAAGCUUGACCAGUUACUGGUACAACUCAAAGAAGGCGGCCAUCGUGUGCUACUGUACUUCCAGAUGACACGCAUGAUUGAUCUCAUGGAAGAAUACCUGACCUACCGCAACUACAAGUACCUCAGAUUGGACGGAUCGACCAAGCUGGAGGACCGACGAGACACGGUAGCAGAUUUCCAGACUCGACCUGAAAUCUUCAUCUUCUUGCUGUCGACUCGUGCAGGAGGUCUCGGUAUCAACUUGACCUCUGCCGACACGGUCAUCUUCUACGACUCAGACUGGAACCCGACGAUUGACAGCCAAGCCAUGGACCGGGCCCAUCGUCUGGGUCAGACCAAGCAGGUGACGGUAUACCGUCUUAUCACUCGUGGUACGAUUGAAGAACGGAUCCGUAAGCGGGCAUUACAAAAGGAAGAAGUCCAACGCGUGGUCAUUUCUGGCGGAACUGGAGCGGGAGUCGAUUUCAACACUCGGUCGCGCGAGAACCGGACCAAGGACAUUGCACUGUGGCUUGCCGACGACGACCAAGCGGCCGAGAUUGAGCGCAAGGAAGCCGAGCUCGCAGCUGCGGAAGCACGCGAACCGGCCGGCCGCAAACGUGCUCCGAAGAAGCGAAAAGCUGAUAUCACGUUGGAUGACAUGUAUCAUGAGGGCGAAGGACACUUCGAUGACGGCAGUAAUAAACCGUCUGGCGCAGCUACGCCCGUCGAGGCUCCAACUCGUGGUCGCAAACCGUCCUUGAAACCAAAGGGACCGUCGAAAAAGGCCAAGACGACAAAAGAGCGACUUCGUCUCGCCGACGGCGGUGUAUGA